AUGUGAAUAGAAGGGUUCGUUAGUUUGUCCUCUCUUGUCACUGAUAGCGACGACAACGAUAAUGCAUUUGGCAACAUCGGCCAGUUGACGCGCUGACUCGGCAUAGCUUGGAUCACUCCUUGUGCGUCUGUCUUCGGAAUAUUUAGUUUGUGGGUGCUCCUCCGCCCCUCGCCCGCUCAGCCGUGACCCCGCAGACGCCGCCGCCGCCAUGAGUGCCACCCAGACCUCGCAGGGCAGCUGGAGGAUCCCCGACCUGCUGGCCAUGAAGCGGGACGGCUUGGCCUUCUCGGAGGAGCAGGUCGCCUUCUUGGUCAAGGCGGUUUCGGAUCGGUCCAUGGACGACUGCCAGCUGGGAGCGCUCCUCAUGGCCAUCAACCUGCAGGACAUGACGGACCCCGAGACGAUCGCCCUCACCAAGGGCAUGAGGGACUCCGGAAGCGUGUUCUCGUGGCCGAAGGACUGGCGCGUGGUGGACAAGCACAGCACGGGCGGUGUGGGCGACAAGGUGUCCCUGGCGCUCGCUCCCGCCCUCGCCGCCUGCGGCUUCAAGGUGCCCAUGAUCAGCGGGCGCGGCCUCGAGCACACGGGGGGCACGCUGGACAAGCUGGAGAGCAUCCCAGGCUUCAAGGUGUCCCUGACGGAGGCCGAGAUGAAGAAGGCGCUGGAGGAGGUCGGCUGCUGCAUCGUGGGCCAGACCGCUGACAUCGUCCCUGCUGACAGGCGCAUGUACGCCGCGAGGGACGUCACCUCCACCGUCAAGUCUGUGCCGCUCAUUGUCUCAUCCAUCGUCAGCAAGAAGGCUGCGGAGACGGUGAGCGGACUGGUGCUCGACGUCAAGUUCGGCGGAGGAGCCUUCAUGAAGACCCAGGAGGAGGCAGGAGCGCUGGCCAAGAAGAUGGUGGAUGUGGCCAACGGCGUGGGCAUGGCCACGACGGCCCUCCUCACCACCAUGGACGUCCCGCUCGGCAGGGCCAUCGGCAACGCCCUCGAGGUGCGCGAGGCGAUCGAGUGCCUUCGGGGCAACGGACCCGAGGACCUCGAGGAGCUCGUCACUCACCUGGGUGGAGAGUUACUGCUGGGUGCGAAAGCGGCCUCUACGCUUGAGGAAGCUCGCCAGAAGUUGGCCAAGACCCUGAGGGACGGCAGUGCCAGAACGGCAUUCUGCAACAUGAUACAGAAACAGGGUGUCACCAAAGGUGUAGCAGAGGCACUGUGUGGCAGUGCUCCCGACUACUCCCAUUUACCUUCCUCGGCUCAUGUCACUGCCGUCAAAGCUGCUUCCUCAGGAGUGCUAGUUGGUAUGGAUGCCAUGGCUAUGGCGAAGAUCAGUUUAGCACUCGGGGCUGGCAGGAAUAAGGUCGGCGACCCGAUCAACUACAGCGUGGGCAUAAUGCUCGUCAAGGUGGUCGGCGAGAGCGUGAAGGAAGGCGAGACGUGGGCAGAGCUGCACCACGAUUCUCCACUGCCGCCCUCCCUCCUGGAGAGGAUGCAGGGCGCUGCCACCAUCAAAGCGUCAGGGGAGGCACGCAAGCCCUCCCGCGUUGCCGCUCGCGUUGUCUAGGCCUCGGUGCGAAA